UUUGUUUCUAUUUUUAGACCGGAAUGGGGGAAAUCUGAUUUGGACUUCAACCAGAUAGCAGUCAGCACACAAUAGACUAGAGAUCUGGUGUGACUGUACUUGGACUUGGAGUAUAGCCCAGUGCACGAACAACGCUCCUUCUUGGCCUUGGCCUCAUACGGAAUGACUUACCUUGGUCACCACCACAGUUUGGCAAGAUAAAGAAUGUGACAUUGUCUCGGACGAUUUUGAAAAAAUGCGUCACUCCAUGACCAUAGGCCAUAUUCAAUAUAUUGACUACUAUAGACCAUAGUGGCAUAGUAGAUGUCUAGUCUAGAUUCUAGAUGUAGAUAAUAAGCAUGAUCAAUAUUAUUGUAGACCUAGAGUAGAGGCGUAUUUUCUUCAAGAUAGUAGAAAUAGAUACUUCUAGAUCUAGAUCUAGUCGAUGUAAUGAAUCAAUGAAUGAUGGCUUUUCGAGAACGCAUCACUGGAGUUCUUCAAGGGGGUUGCACACAAGUUUGGGCUUUAGGAACAUGGCCCUUCAGGAAAACAUUCUCAGUGCUAGAAGUGAUUGCAGAAUUUAUACUUACCAAGGUGAAAACUACAGCUCAAAAACUGGUUGUCUUGGCGCUGGCUUGUCUCACGAUCUUGUUUAUGGCAGUGUUGUUGUAUGCAGCUUUUCUCCAUCUAUAUUUGCCGACAGCAGAAAUAGUAAGGCCAGUGCACUUCUCCUUCAGUGUUUGUCCUACAGGGCAUGGACUAUGUUCCUUUCCAUCGGCAAACAUCACUUUUUGGAACCAAGAUGGGACUAGAAAAGAGAUUCUUGGAGCUGGGCAGUAUUAUCGUGUGGUUCUGGACUUGGAUAUGCCAGACACACCAACAAACAGGAACUUGGGUAUGUUCCAGGUGAUGAUGCAGAUGUAUGACCGAGACGGCUACAUUUCUGCAGAGUCAAAGCGCACUGCAAUGCCCAAGUACAGAUCACUGGUGAUGAGGAUGUUGGACGUGUUUGUACUCAGCCCUUUCUACUUCUUUGAGUUGAUGGAACAGAAACAAUUGCUGGAUGUGGAGUUAUUUUCUUACUUUGUGGAUGAUUAUUAUCACCCUUCUGUUGGAGCCAAGAUUGAAAUCCAGAGUCACAUGAUACAGUUUUACUCAGCAAGGUUGAAGUUCUUUGCAAAUUUCUCUGGACUCAAAUACAUCCUUUACUACUGGCCAAUGAUGAGUGCACUGGGUGGCAUCCUCUACAAUGCCAUGAUCAUCACAGCUUUCCUCCUGCUUGCCAUAUACAAGAAAGCGGAGACACUACGGGUCAUUUCCCAAACCCUGGAGCUGGAAGCGAUGCAGGGGGGAAAUCAGAGGAGGCAGGAUGAGAACAUGAGUGAGGAGGUUGUUGAGGCAGAAGUUUCAAGCAGCAGUAGAAAUGAUGAGGACAAGGAAUCACUGGAUGAAAGUAAGAGCAAUCAAACGAAGUCAACCGAUCAAGAUGACGCUGACCUCGAUCUCUAUGACCUCCCUAUUGUGCAGGAACCAGCAGAUUUUUUACAAGCUGAAGAUGAACAAAAUGUGGAUUUUGUGGCCGAACUGAGGCAUAGAAGGAUCAAUUAGUCACGCGUUGGAGAGGAAAUAUGUUUUUAUCUGUAUUAAAUCUUUGUUUCCACACUUUACCCAGAAGUAAGUUUUCUCUUCCAGUUGUAACGGAGAGUGUAUGGCUAAAAGAGAUGGGAGGGUGGGGAGAUUUUUUAUUUCUUUAAACUAGUGGGGGGGGGGGGGUUUACAAAUGCUCAGUAGUCUUAAGAAAAAUUAAAUGGAAUUUUGGUAUUUGCUAGCCAUAAUCAUUACCAUCAUCAUCAUUAAAGUUUGGUGUCGAGAAAAAAAACCCAGCCCUUUAUUUUCUCUGUAACUUUUGAACCAGCCUAUUGUGGUAUUAUUAUGGUCUUGGAUAGCUUUUAUCCCAAUUCGUACUUACUGAUGUUCACCACAUGAAGUUAACGGCUGUCUUAAUAGGGCUUAUACCUGUUGCUGUUGUACAGAGUCAGCGAUGCCGUAUUGUGUCGAGUUAGUGCGGACUAGUGCAUGUUGCUUUGGGCGUUGGGUCUCUAAAGCAAGGUUGGGUUAAUUGUGAAAUGAGAGAAAACCACAGGAGUUUCAGUUUUGAGACAGUGCGAUCCAAAAUCCGUGGAUACAUGUACAAACUUUGAUGCCUCUGUAACUGUUGACAGCCCUUUAAGAUAUAUUGCAUAAUCUGAAGUUAAAUGUAAAGAACAGAGCUUUGCUUCAUUCGUCUUACUCUUUCAACCAUCUCUAGUCUUUAUAUAUAAAAAUUGACUUUUAGAUAGCGGAUGAAUUUUUUGGUCUGCUAAGUUUUUAAUCAAGCAAUUGGUGAAAUUUCAGUAGCCAGUUGGUGACCUUUGAUGCCUACUUUAGACCUGUUUUGUUACCAGUUGAGGACUGAAUUAAAUGUGUAAGCAGUUCUUUUUAAGUAAAGAAUACCUAUACUGAAUACUGGUCAGACUGGUCUCAGCCCUUUGAUUUAUCAAGAUUAUUAUAGAUUUCAGGAACCCAGUUUUUGUUUGCAAUAAUAGGUCAGUGAGAAUAAUGAGAUCUCAGUUACCAGGUUUCAGGCAAUCAUUAUAAUAAAUGUUACUACAAUCUUUCUAGCAUGUCUCAAUUUUUUGGAAGUCCACAUUAAUUUUCCAAGUUGCUGACCAUAUAAUUUAUUUUUGGCAAUUUCUGAGAGUAUUUAGAGGGUUUUGUUUCUGUGAAGUCCAGUGCUUUAAGUGAUCAUGUUGAUAAGCAAAGAUGAUCUAUAGUAUUUAUAUUUGCUGCAUUGAACUUCUUUUUGUUAAAUCUUUAGCCUCCAGGCUUUGGUUGACCUACUCUAUCUGUCUGACUAUUGAUUUCUCUCCCUCCUGACCUCAUCUCUCUUUCCAUUUAUUUUGAUUCCUGUAAAAUUAUUGUUAUCUAAGACAUGUCUAAGUAACUACUCUGCUUGCCAUGUAAUUUUUCUGUUGUUGUCAAGUGCAAGUUUUGAAUUUGUUUUGUCCACUUCUUGUGUGCCAUUUUUUUUUUUUAAUUGUUGAUGAAACUGAGGCAGGGAGCCUAUUUUGUUGGGUUUUCUUUUUUGACAUAACUUUCAGAAUAUAAUUGUUAACUAUAGCAUGGGACUCCUUAUUUCUUCAUCGUCACUAUGGUUUGCAUAGGGGUCCUCCUAGUCUUAUACUAUAUCAUAUUUUACUUGUUUAGACCUACUAGUUUUCUGAACUGCUGAGUAUUAUAUCAAGAAUUAUGUUAUUACACAAUACAACACCAUAUCUACACUCUUGCUAUUGUAUUGGAAAAGUUAAUAUGUUUCGUAUCGGUUGCCAUGUUUCACAUCUUGUCAUUUUUUUACACAUUGAAGUUGACCUUGAAAUAUUAUAAACAGUAUAAUUUAUUUUUCAAGCAAAACACAUCGUUAGGCCGAGCAUGUCAUUUUGGAAAGUAGAACAUUUUGAACUUUGUACUUUGAUCUAUCCAUGACCUUCACAUACUCCUGUGCAUUAGUCAGUGUGAUAACAAUGCCACAGCCGCCUCACCUCAAUAAGUACUUGGCCAGAUGUGUUCAUUUCUCCAUCAAUUGAAGGAGAUAAUUGGCACGAAAUAAGGUAAAAAAAAAAUAACUUUCAACAAGUCAAAAGCAAAAGUUUUGAGUGAGUUUUUAUUUGGCCAAGACUUUUUUAAAAGCCCGUACAGUAGAACACGGCUAUAGCGGGACAUUUGGUUCCUGAAGCAAAAUCCCGCUGUAGACAAGUUCCUGCUAUAGGAAUGCAAUGGGGAAAUUACCAAAAAAUGUAUUUAAAUCCACACGAUUACCUCCCUUCUAUAUCAAUAAAAUGUGCACUUUGAAU